UAUUAAAGAAGCCAUUUAUUUCUAGAAGACGAUUCAAACAAAACAGCUAUAUAUACAGACAUCCAGAAGGUUUAUCUUGCCUAACACAGGCAUGUCUUUUCUGAAGCUGCCCUGGCUGCAUCGGCAAAAGAAGAUACCAUGGAGGCCACAUGUCUUGGGUAGGAAGGGAGCUUUUCAGAAGCCAGACAGCCUUGGUCUACAGAAUUAUCAGACUUUGCUGGAAGAUUGCAGGAAGAAGGGCUACCUCUUUGAGGAUGAGCUCUUCCCAGCUGAUCUUAGCUCCAUUGGGAGAAAUAUACUCUCGAAACUACCUGCCAAAAUACAGUGGAAGAGGCCUCAUGUAAGUGAUGCAAUUAACAGAAUGGAAUUGUUCAAAAAGUUUUAUUUUCUUUCUUAUGAUUGCUGGUUUUUGGCUGCUGUGGAAGCUUUAACUUUUCAUCAAGAUAUCUUGUUUAAGGUAGUGCCACAGAACCAAAGCUUUGAGAAGAAGAAAUAUGCUGGGAUAUUCCAUUUCAAGUUCUGGCAUUUUGGUGAAUGGGUUGAUGUGGUAGUAGACGAUCGACUGCCUGUAAAUGAAUUUGGUCAAUUCAUUUUCCUCUCUUGUAUUUACAAAAACAUAUUCUGGGGAGCUCUUCUGGAGAAGGCAUAUGCCAAGUUGUGUGGUUCCUAUGGUGAUCUGCAAAUUGGGUAUGUGUCUGAAGCUCUGGUGGAUUUCACGGGUGGAGUGAACAUCACUAUAAAGCUGGCUGAAGCUCCACCUGACCUCUGGAAUAUCUUGACUCGAGCAAUCUACAGCAGAUCUUUUAUAGGCUGCCAGACUCAACAAGGGCCAAUAAGAGUCCUAGAGAAUGGAUUAGCAACCUGCCAUGCCUACACAAUGACUGCCAUCCAAAAAGUGACCUGCAAACAUGGAACUGAAAAUUUAGUAAGACUGAGAAAUCCCUGGGGAAAAACCGAAUGGAAAGGUGACUGGAGUGACAAGUCUGAGAAAUGGGAACUGCUCAAUCCGAAAGAGAAGAUUUUGUUGCGAAGAGAUUUCGAAGAUGGUGAAUUCUGGAUGUCUCUGCAAGAUUUUCAAAUUCAUUUUGUUGACCUGAUAAUCUGUAAAUUAACCCCUGAUCUCAUGAGCCAGGAGGAUGGGAAGAAGUGGAUGUGCUCCAUGCAGUUUGGCAAAUGGGUCAAAGGAUGGACAUCAGGUGGCAGUUUAAGCGCCCACCAAAAUACAUUUUGGAUGAACCCUCAAUACCUGCUAAAAGUCCUGCGAGGCAAUGGCAGCAAAGGGUCCUUAUACUCACACAGUGUGUUGAUAUCUUUGAUCCAGAAGCACAACAAUAAACAUCGGAAUCGGAUGCCUCAUCUUCCCAUAGGACUCACAGUCUACAAAGUAGGUGGAACUGGAAUGUUUUUACUCCUGAGAUCUCAUCUGAUUUCCACUUCUCAGCUCUACAAUAGCAAUAGGAAGCUGCCGUCAAGCUUUUUUGCCUGGAACAGACCUUUGAAUUGGGCACGCUUUUUUAACCAACGUGAAGUGACUCAGGACUUCCGGCUCCCUCCUGGCAUCUAUGUCAUUGUUCCCUCCACUGCAGAACCUCAUCAGGAAUCAGUGUUUCUUUUGCGGGUCUUCUCCAGGAUGCACACCCUUCAUGAAUUAGGUGGAGACUCAAGCUGUGCCCUUUCAAAGGAAAUAGUGGACAAACAUGAAGACUGGGAAGAUGUCUUUACUAAGUAUUUUGCUAAAGUGAGUGUGUGCAUGUAUGGGCAUUGACAAAGAUGGCUUUUUAAAAAUUUGUUUGUGUAAAAGCAGAGUUGUAUGUAAGAGAACCAGGACCAAGAAUAGUAACCAUUUUGGACUACAAUGUCCAGAAACCACCUAAAUAAUACCUGUAGGUCAAAUAAGGAACUCUACCAAGCUUGAAUAUACAUGUUGGGUUAUAUGUGUAUGUAUGCACAUGUGCAGACAGACAUGUGGGUUUACAUGUAGCUCAAACUGCUACUCAUUUUAGGCAUGAGUGUUGAGAAUAAAGGUUACUCACCUGCACUUCUGCUUUAUUGUGUAAUCUAGUUUUCUAGAUUUGGAGUAACAU